AUGGCAUUUUUAAAUGGACCAAGACUAUUAGACUGGGCGAAUUCACCUCCUCAUCUUCAAUUCAACAAAUACGUCCUGACUGGAUACCGACCAAUAUCUUCUGUCCAAGACUGUAUAAGAAGCCUUUUUUACAUGCACAACGAACUGGGAAACAUAUACACACAUGGCAUCCCUCUGCUCUGCUUCCUGUUCCUCAUCCCGCUCAACUUCCCCUGGUCCCAGAUCAGUGUGACAUGGCUGGGUGUGGUCCACUUCCUGGCCUGCCUGUCCCCCCAGCUGGGCUCUGUGCUCUACCACCUCUUCAUGAACCAUGAGGGAGGAGAGCCUGUCUACCACACCCUUCUCACCCUCGACAUGUGUGGCAUCUGCAUGAUCAACACACUGGGAGCGCUGCCCAUCGUCUACAGCACCCUGCUGUGCUACCCAUUCACCCGCACAGUGGCUCUGCUCGUCUACAUCCUGCUGUCCAGCUACGCUAUCUACUCGGCCAUCACGGCGCGGAGUAGUGUGCGGCGUCUGCGCUCCUUUGCCUGGCAGGCCCUGUUCCGCUUCUCCUUCUUCCUGCUGCGCUGGGUGGGCGUGGGCGGCGGCAGCCCCACCUCGCUGCAACACUUCCUCACCAUGGACGCGCUGGCUGUACUGGGCGGGAUCAUCAACAUCUCGCGCAUCCCAGAGCGCUUCCGCCCGGGCCUCUUUGACUACUGGUGCAACAGCCACCAGAUCAUGCACGUGCUGGUGGUGGGCUCCAUCCUCUACCUGCACUGGGGUGUGCUGGACGACCUGCUCUGGAUCAACAGCCACCACUGUCCCUCAGACUGA